AUGUCUGAGCACGACUUUAAAGAUUUGUUUGGUUCUGAAGAUGAAGCUUCUGAUAUUGAUGAUGGACGGUCUCAGGUAUCUGCUAAUGAAGACCAGCAGCAACAGCAAGCUUCGCCAUCCCCACUUCCACAAGCUACAUCCAAUAUCAGCAACGAUGAGAACGACGAUUUAGAAGAUUUAUUUGGUGGAAGUGGGUCAGAACCUGAGGAAGAAAACGACGACGAGCAUCUUAAACGGAAAUCGCCUUCACAGAAACGAUCACGCAUGGAAGAGGAAAUAGCCGAUGAAGCUGUAGAAGAAGCGCAGAAUCGACGAUCCAGUAGUCAAGAUGUGACGAGCGAAGAAGAAGCUGAGGAAAUGGGCGAAGAUGGCUAUGAAGGAGAGUAUGGCGCUUAUAGUAGCCAAGCCCGCAAAAAGAAGCGCGUCGAAAUUGAAUUGACCAUGCCCCAAUUGCCUGUGCCAUACAGUGAUAAUGGGAAGUUUUACUUGGCAAAAUUACCGCGGUUUAUAGACAUUGAUACCAACCCAUUCGACCCGGAUGAGUUUGAAGUACAGGUACCUGAAGGGCUAUCAGAAGUACAACAUCAUGAGGCCAUAAGAGAACAAAUUGAAAACACCAUUCGAUGGAGAAAAGUGAAAGAAGAAGAUGGAUUAGAAGCCAUGCAAAGUAAUGCUCAUUUUGUGGAAUGGGAGGACGGAAGAGUGUCACUUAUGUUGGGAAAUGAAUGCUUCGAUAUCAGUAGUAAACCUAUGGGCGUGCAAGAAUAUACUUACCUUUUGGCGCAUCAAACAGGCGCAGGCGCCCUAGAAAGCCACGUCGAAUUCACCGACCAUAUGUCCUUCAAACCAAGCGGCCUUAAAAGCGAUACCCACCGUUAUUUAACAGCUCAAAUUGCUGACAGACAAGUCAAAAAGAAUAAAACAAAAAUGUUCUUCACUGAGAAGGAUCCUGAACUCAUCAAACAGCAGUUAGAAUUACAAGAGCAAGAACGUUUGAAGGCACAGAGAAAAUUGGAAUUGCAACGUAGAAAAGCUGAUAUGCGCUACAGUUCUUCAGCGGCAGGUAGCAGCCGAAGGGGUGAUUUAUACAUGGAUGAUUAUGACUCAAUGCCAAUUCAUCGAGGAGGAACUGGUAACCAAGGUAGAGGCUUGGAUCGUUAUGAGGAUGACUUUGUGGUAGAUGAUGAGGAUUAUGAUGAAGAGGAAGAACGACGACGAGAAGACAGAUUAGCAAAGGCUAAAAGUUAUCGAAUGGAAAAAUAUAAACGAAAAUAUAGUGAUGACGAUAUAGACGAGGAUGAAGAACAGGAGGAAGAAGAAAAUGAGGAAGCAGAUUACGGUGUACAGGAUGAGGAUGACGAUGACGAAGUGGUCGUCAGAAGGCCGAAUAAACAACGACGUGUCUUUAGUGAUGAGGAUGACUGAUUCAUUACUUUGCCAGAAAAUACUUUUGUCGUAUUGCUCAUGGUCCAUUCAAAAAAUAUAUAGCAUUAUGUCAUCACUAUUUUAUUGAACCACUGAUAUAUUGUAUCAUACUCGAUUACGUUGAUAAAGAUAAUUUGCAUUCCAGUAAACUGUAUAUACUCAACAAGAUGUAAAUUUUGUGUGAUUAGAUUGUUUACACCUAAAUGGCAUACCUAUUUAUGAAUAGUCAUGCCGUCAAUACUAUGAGCG